GCAAACGUUUAGAAACGGUUCGCUACAUUGUAGCGCUGCAUUUAGAAACGGGUUUCAGAGGGUUCGCUGUAAAGCGCUUCUCGAGCGCUGCAUAAAGAAACGCGGCCUUUCCAGCCGAAGUUUUCACUUUAUCGUAAUAAACUAUUUGAUAUUACGAUACGGCGACUCACAACAUGACGGAAAGAUCCGGUAAAAAUCGAUGGCGCGAAAUAUCUUUCCUGGGAUUAAUAUCGUUUCGCCACUUUAAAAAGAACGCGGCGUUUUAUUAAUUUGGGCGGGGGAACCGUCGGCGACGUCACUUCCGCUCCGCAGUUGGCAACGCGGCACCAGAGCUCGGACUUCCGGCCGUCGAAGAGAAGGGGAAAGUAGUCGACCGUCGGACCGAAGAUCGUCACUGUCUACGGAGAUAAACAUUAGGACGACGUUCGGUCCUUCCUUCCCUUCAGACGCCGGCGUAUAUUACGAGGGCGGAGAGAAAGAGCGACGAGCGCGAAGGAGGAUCGGGCGUGGGCGACGCCAAAGAAGGCCGACGGCCCGACGUCUUCUCGGAAUAGACGAGCGAAGAUUCCUCCUUCUCCCUGGCCCAUGUCCCGGGAAGACAAGGGAAGAGAAGCGGGCCGGGGCGACGGGGCGACCGAAGCAUUCACCUCUGGAAAACCUCCAACUUCUCCCCGACCCCAGUCUGCCUCUCCAAAAUUACCAGUGUCUGGAAACAUGAUGGAAAAUGGAUGCAGAGAGACUCGACACAUCAGCAAAAGGUGCGCCUUUUAUGCAGGAUGCAGGAGCAGGAUUAGAUCCUCUUCGGCUGGCAGAAAUCCGCAGAAUGAUCUACGGGCUAGGUACUGGGCCUUCCUGUUUGAAAAUCUACAUCGUGCCGUGGACGAGAUUUAUCAGACUUGCGAAAUGGACGAAAGUGUAGUUGAAUGCAAAGAAGCUAUCAUGAUGCUGGAGAAUUAUUCUAAAGAAUUUCGGUCACUCAUACAAUGGUUAAACUUGAAUAAAGAUUUUGAAAAUACAUUACCUCCAAAUAGACCAACUUCUUUGGCUUGGGAAGUUCGAAAGUCUUCUCCUGGAAAAGGAAUUUUAAGACAUGUUUUUCUAGAUAAAUAUAGUUCUAAAGAAAUCACAAAAAAAAGUAAAAGCCCUUGUUUAAGAUCGACUUCAGUUCAGACGGAUUUUGACGUCGACAGAUUGAAUAAGUUGGAAGAGAAAACGAACUUCGAAGAUAUUGUUCUUGAUUUCGGAUUAGGAGAAAAACCAUGUUUUGCCAACAUGGAUUUAAUACAUAACAAUGAGAUUAUUGAAAAUAAAUUAAUAAAUUGUGAACAGAAAGAUUCAAUUUCAAUUUUAGAGGGAAAUUUAAAUGAAAAGCCAGUUUCGCUUGAGGUUAAAGAAUCUUUGUUUUCUUCUGUCACUGUAAAACCUAUAAAAAUUGAAAAUGAUAUCUCAAUUAUUAAUAAAGAAAAUAUAAUUCAAAACAAUUUGAUAUCCAAAAGUAUUGAAAAUGCUAUUUUGGUUUGUGAAUCUCCGGCAUCAGUAGACGAAAUGAGAAAUAAUUAUCCCGAUAACAAGAAUUUCUUAUUAUUGUCUAAAGAGGAUAAUAUGCUUAAAACUGAUAGUAAACAGAAUGUAUUAAAUACUGCUGAAAAAUUUGAAAAUAUUCAGUCAAAAGGAAAUGAUAAAAAAGAUCAACCUGUAUCAAAUACAUUUCAAAUAACUUCUGAAAGAACAGUGAACUCUGAAAAAACAAUUUUUAAUGUUUCUGUUUCUGAAAAGACAACUGGUAAGGUAACUAGAAAUAAAAGAAUAUCUUCACCUCAAAGAAUAGUACCUAAUUCCAUUGGAACUGUUCAAAAAAAUAUAAGAACUUCCCUAGCUAAUAUUGAUAAUAAAAGAAAGUCAGAUACAAUAGUUAAAAAUAAAAAGUGUGAAACUGGAAAAUUACAAGAUACGAAAACUAAAAUUGGAAUUAAUUCUUUGUUAGUUCAGUCUAACAAGAAAGCAGACAUUUCGUCAGGUAACGCCGAACCUUCUGGAAAACUUCUAAUCAAAAAUGAAAAUCUCAACAGUUCGUCAUCGUCGCUUAGCAGUACUUCCAGUGGCAAAAGUUGGGCAGAUAAAGUAAAAGGAUCUCUCCAAGAGUUAAAUAUCCCAAUAACAAAAUUCACAGAAGAAAAAAAUAAGGAUGAAGAUGAUUCUGAUGGUUGGGAGACUGUUCGAAUAAAAAACAGAUCAAAAAAUUUUUUGUCAAAGAAAGUUUCUCAACCUCUUCAAGCAAAAUCCUAUCCAGAUAUUCAUAAGAAGCAAGCUAAGGAGCAAUAUGGCAGUAUGCAAUCACUGAAACCAACAAAAAGGUUUGUCAAAACAUCAAAUUCCAUUACAGAUGUAAAUAAUCAGCAAAUGAAAAGAAAAGUGUCUAAUAUAAAAGGUGAGCCUUUAAAAAAUAACAAUAACUAUUCAAAAAGUUAUUGGAGGAAGGAAAAUUUAUUCACCAAUACAAGAGAUACUAAUGGAAAGAAGACAGAAGGAAAUAGACAAACUAAUUCUUUGAAAACUGAUAAAAAUUCAAAAUUUACACUAUGCAGGAGUAAAACUGAUAUUAAAGAAAAUUUUAAAACUUCAAGAGAAAAAACUAAUCUUGCAAUUAAACUUUCAAAUACAAAUGCUAAAAAAUCAAAAAUGAAGCAUAUGCUGAAAAAGAUAAAAAUAAUUUGA